AUGGAUUUGCAGAAACAACAAAAAGCAUUGAAGGAGAAAGGGGCAGAAGGAGGAGUUCAAGAACAACAGGAUGAAUCGGGUGGUGCGAAGGAAGCGGUGAAGCAAGAGGCACAACAACAACAACAAGCAACCGAUAACAAAGAGAAAAAUGCAGCUCCUACUUCAGCCUCACCACCUCCCACAUCUGCACCUACACCCAUUGCAUCGCAACCACCAACUGGUGAACCAACACCAACGCCUACACCCAUUCCACCGCCACCACCGACUGUUGAUUCAACUAACUUAGACACCAAUACACCAACAUCGAUUCCACCGCAACCUGAACCAACAAACCUGGACACUAACACGCCAACACAUGCAACUACACCCAUUUCACCUACUGCUGACCCAACAAAUCCAGACACUAGUAACACUAAUAUACCAACAAUUGCUGACAGCAACAAUAGCAACGCUCCUCCUGCUGAUAACAUAAUUGACCCUUUGAGAUCGAACGAUAUCAAAGAUGCCUCUAUUGACACAGGAUCCAAGGGCAAAAAAAAGAGAAGUAACAGGAAAAAGAGUAGUAAAAGUAAAGGUAUGCCACUAAAUGCGUGUGAGGGUAUACCACUCCAAGCGCGUAAGGGUACGCCACUUUGCGCGUGUGAUGGUACGACACCCACUGGUUCAUUACGCCAAUGA